UACAUGAACUGACAUGUGAGUCUAACCGCAAAUUGCAAGUGCGGUCGCUCGCUUUCAUCUCCUGAAUGAAAAUUGCAAAGACAGUGCACCGAAUGCAGGGAUGAGUCAGAAGUUGUCAUUGGUGGAUAUUAUACAUUCGAUUGGAGGUGACCAUUUGUCUAGAAUUUCAAAGCGUCACGCAUAAUUGCGCCAUUGCUCUGACUGUCAGAAUCAUCUGGACCAAACUAACGGUAAUAGAAGACGCCAAAACUAUAAAAAUGGAAAGUUAUUUCAAGUGUCAUUUCGUGGAAUUACGGCUACAUUAAUGUUAUGCAUAAUUUUAAGCUGGUUGUACUCCGAGUGCCUAAACAUGAUCCGCAGAUUGCUGGCGACUUUCGUCGACCAGCAAAUCCCCACGUCUUCGGAUUUUUUGUUGACGACGAAUUUGAAGACUCAAGUAGCCUUCGCAGCGCCCGGGCUAGAAACGCUUGACUGGCUCUACGGAGUAUCCCCCUGUUUCCCUGUUCGCGGCGAUCAAAUCACCGUCAUACAUGAACCUCGAGAAUUCUACGAAACCGUUGUGACGAAAUGCGCGGAGGCGAAAUACAGAAUUUGUUUUGCGAGCCUCUACCUGGGAACGGGACAGUUGGAGCAAGCCCUCGUGAAAACCAUUCAUAAUAAUGUGAGGCAAAACGAUGAGCUGAACAUAAAAAUCUUAUUGGACUUCACGCGUGGAACUCGGGGUGAAGUGAACUCCAAAACAAUGCUGACCCCUUUAGUCAGGGAGGCCAAGAACUUCCGGUUUUCGCUGUACCACACUCCAGUUCUCCGUGGCCUGACUAAGAAGCUUGCGCCGCCGCGAUGGAACGAGCUCAUCGGGUUGCAGCACAUGAAGAUCUACCUUUUCGACGAUUCAGUGAUAAUUAGCGGAGCGAACUUAUCAAAUGACUAUUUUACAAACCGACAAGACCGAUAUGUUCUUAUUGAGGACAAACCACUGGCAGACUUCUACUCGAAUUUUAUCUCGAAAGUUCAGGAAUUUAGUUUGUCUGUGAAGAAGAAUUCGGAGGUGGAGUUGCACGAGAAUUGGAAGAUAUUGCCGUACGAAGGAAACACCGCCGACUUUGCUGCUGAGGCUAGGAAGAGGAUUUACAAUUUUUUCGAUGAUGUUUAUCAAACUCAACAAGUUGCUCUAGAAAGACAGACCGAUGCUGACACAUGGAUUUUCCCGUUAGUGGAGAUGGGACAAUUGGGCAUUCAUCACGACAGUAUUGUUACCAAACGUUUACUUUCGUCUUCAGUUGAAGGAUCAACUUUCAAAUUAGCCACGGGUUAUUUUAAUUUAACCCAAGAAUACAUGGAAACUAUAACGAAUAAUUGUUUAGCGAAUUGUAGUAUCUUAAUGGCACAUCCAAAUGCAAAUGGAUUUCAAGGAGCAAAAGGACCUGCAGGUGGAAUUCCUGCUGCCUAUACUUUAAUUGCGAAACACUUCUAUCAAAAAUUGGUAAAUGCCAAUCAAGCACAAAGAGUCAGCUUCUUCGAAUAUGAGAAACCAGGCUGGAGUUAUCAUGCAAAGGGUUUAUGGUACUAUCUUCCUGAUUCUGAUCUUCCUAAUUUAACUCUGAUUGGAUCUUCCAAUUUCGGAGAACGGUCAGUGAACCGUGAUCUAGAGAAUCAAAUUUGUGUUGUUACUGCGAAUAAAUCACUCCAGAAGCGACUUCAAAACGAAGUUGAUAAUUUAUAUAAAAUGGGAUCAGUUGCAGAAAGCGAGAUUACCAGUCGCCCAGUUCCCAAAUGGGUUCGAGCCGUUGUUCGAAUAUUUCGAAAUUUCUUUUAAAUUUUCUACCAUCGUUUUUUAUUUAAAGACUAUUUAUUGACUGUUAUACAUUUUGUCAGAUUUAUGGAUGUUACCAGUUUUUACCUCAUUUCUAAAUACGAUUCGGCACUUUUUUGUAAUGUUUUUAAAACUGAAUCUACAAGAAAGCGAAUCUUUAACAUACAUAUUACAAUAGUUGAAUAAAGAGCUGUAUUAUGUUCAAAAUGGAA